CACAAUGUCUCGCGACAAGGGAAACGCACUAACACAUUUGGGCGCAUUGGGUGGUGUCCGGAUAUAAAAGGCUCCGCCCGCGCGGACAGCCGCCAUUCUGGGGUUCGUUUAGAGGUUUGAAUUUUCACGGAGAAAGACAGGCCGGCCACCAGGAAAAAAGAAACGAGCCGCAUCCACAUCUAAGCCCUUGAGAGGAUCCUGAGCGGGGGGAAAGGGGAACCGCAGCCACCAGCCCAACCACUGUCUUCUGCCCUCUCCCACUUCUUUGCCCACCCACCAGCCCACGCUGCUUGGGACUUGAAAUCUGUGGCCGAAGGACCGUCACCACAUAACUGCAAAAAUAAUCCACCACCCUCCCUCCCCAAACCCACCCAGGUCCACUUAUCCAGCGUUUAUUUUUUUUUAAUCAACUCAGAACUUUUUUUUAUGACCCCCCCCUCCCUAAAUGGAGUUGGGUGGGGGGGGUGAAUGCUGAGUUGGCCUUUGUUUUUUUUUAAAAGACUUUUUGACCUAAUGAGGCCCCCCAAAUAGAGUUUUGGGUUCUGGUUGGUGGUUUUAUUUUUUUUUUUUCUCCAAAAUUUUAACCCCCUUCCCCCUGAGCCCGAGGUGCUGACGUCGCAAAAAAAUUGGAUAAAACUUCGAUCAUGGGUUCGGGUCCCAUAGACCCCAAAGAGCUUCUCAAGGGCCUGGAUAGCUUCCUUAACCGAGAUGGGGAAGUCAAGAGUGCGGAUGGGAUUUCCAAGAUCUUCAGCCUGAUGAAGGAGGCACGGAAGUUGGUGAGUCGGUGCACUUACUUGAACAUUCUCCUGCAGACCCAGUCAUCAGAAAUACUGGUCAAGUUUAUUGAUGUUGGUGGCUACAAGCUUCUUAACAAUUGGUUGACGUAUUCAAAGACGACCAACAACAUUCCCCUGUUGCAGCAAAUUCUGUUGACCUUACAGCACCUACCACUCACCGUGGACCAUCUCAAGCAGAACAACACAGCCAAACUGGUGAAGCAACUGAGCAAGUCAAGUGAGGAUGAAGAGCUCCGGAAGUUGGCCUCCGUCCUCGUCAGCGACUGGAUGGCUGUCAUCCGCUCCCAGAGCAGUGCCCAGCCUGCUGCAGAAAAAGAUAAGAAAAAGCGAAAAGAAGAGGGAAAGGGUCGAACCACGCCCCCUGAGCGACCUUUAACCGAGGUGAAGGCUGAGCCCCGGGCUGAGGAGGCCCCAGAGAAGAAGAAGGAGAAGCCUAAGUCUCUUCGAACCACAGCGCCCAGUCAUGCCAAGUUCCGCUCCACUGAAGUCAAGAGGGUGGGUGGGAAUUCAACCCCACCCCAUGUCUCUUCCCCAGGAUUAGAGCUGGAGACCCCAUCUUUGGUGCCUGUGAAGAAGAAUGCCAGCGCAGUGAUGGUUUCUGACAAAUACAACCUUAAGCCCAUUCCCCUCAAGCGUCAGAGCUCAGCAGCUGCCCCAGGAGACACAGCUCCCCAUGCAGAGAAGAAGUACAAGCCACUCAACACAACACCCAAUGCCACCAAAGAGAUCAAAGUGAAGAUCAUCCCGCCACAGCCUAUGGAGGGCCUGGGCUUCCUGGAUGCGCUCAACUCAGCCCCUGUUCCAGGCAUCAAAAUUAAGAAGAAGAAGAAGGUGCUGUCGCCUACAGCUGCCAAGCCAAGCCCAUUUGAAGGGAAAACAAGCACCGAGCCAAGCACAGCCAAACCUUCUUCCCCAGAGCCAGCACCUCCUGAGGCUAUGGACACCGACCGUCCAGGGACCCCAGUUCCCCCUGUGGAGGUCCCAGAGCUGCUGGACGCAGCCUCUUUGGAGCCAGGAGCUCUGGAUGCAAAACCAGUGGAGAGUCCUGGCGAUCCCAGCCAGCUGACGCGGAAAGGCAGGAAGAGGAAGACGGUGACGUGGCCUGAGGAGGGCAAGCUGAGGGAAUACUUCUAUUUUGAACUGGAUGAAACUGAACGAGUAAAUGUGAAUAAGAUCAAGGAUUUUGGCGAGGCAGCUAAGCGAGAGAUACUGUCAGACAGACAUGCAUUUGAGACGGCCCGGCGUCUGAGCCAUGACAACAUGGAGGAGAAGGUGCCGUGGGUGUGCCCCCGGCCCCUGGUUCUGCCCUCACCUCUUGUCACCCCUGGAAGCAACAGCCAGGAGCGGUACAUCCAGGCUGAGCGGGAGAAAGGAAUCCUUCAGGAGCUCUUCCUGAACAAGGAAAGCCCUCACGAGCCAGACCCUGAACCCUACGAGCCCGUCCCCCCGAAGCUCAUCCCCCUGGACGAGGAAUGUUCGAUGGAUGAGACUCCGUAUGUUGAGACCCUGGAGCCUGGGGAGGCCGGUGGCUCACCUGAUGGGGCAGGAGGCUCCAAGUUGCCUCCUGUUCUGGCCAAUCUUAUGGGAAGCAUGGGUGCUGGGAAGAGCCCCCAGGGCCCUGGAGGAGGAGGCAUCAGUGUCCAGGAGAUCCUCACCUCCAUCAUGGGUAGCCCAAAUAGUCACCCCUCAGAGGAACUGCUGAAGCAACCAGACUACUCAGACAAGAUCAAGCAGAUGCUGGUGCCGCAUGGACUCUUAGGCCCCGGCCCAAUAGCCAAUGGUUUCCCACAAGGAGGCCCUGGGGGCCCCAAGGGAAUGCAGCACUUCCCCCCUGGCCCUGGGGGACCUAUGCCAGGUCCCCAUGGAGGCCCUGGAGGCCCUGGGGGGCCAGUGGGUCCACGUCUCCUGGGUCCCCCACCCCCUCCCCGGGGUGGUGAUCCCUUCUGGGAUGGCCCUGCUGACCCCAUGCGGGGUGGCCCGAUGCGGGGGGGACCUGGACCUGGACCUGGACCUGGACCAUACCAUAGAGGUCGUGGUGGUCGAGGGGGAAAUGAACCUCCUCCCCCUCCUCCUCCAUUUCGAGGAGCCAGAGGAGGUCGCUCUGGAGGAGGACCCCCAAACGGACGAGGGGGCCCUGGUGGGGGCAUGGGUGGAGGACACCGUCCCCACGAAGGCCCUGGUGGGGGCAUGGGCAGUGGCAGCGGCCAUCGUCCUCAUGAAGGUCCUGGUGGGAGCAUGGGUGGAAAUGGCGGACAUCGCCCCCACGAAGGUCCUGGACAUGGGGGACCCCAUGGCCACCGGCCUCAUGAUGUCCCUGGUCACCGAGGCCAUGAUCAUCGAGGACCACCUCCUCAUGAGCACCGUGGCCAUAAUGGCCCUGGCCACGGAGGAGGGGGCCACCGAGGGCACGAUGGCGGCCACAGCCAUGGAGGAGACAUGUCCAACCGCCCUGUCUGCCGACACUUUAUGAUGAAGGGCAACUGCCGCUAUGAGGACAGCUGUGCCUUCUACCACCCGGGGGUCAACGGGCCCCCCCUGCCCUGAGGACCCGCCUGCCCCCCACACUGUUAUGGCUUCUGUGAGGCCCGUCUGUCCCGUCCCCAGCUGAGGAGGAGCCGGCCUCCUCAGUGCCCCCUGCUCAGUCCUGGGGUUUCUGAUCACUGGUGCACCCCGUGUACACGCUCCUCCAGGCGGGAGGGCGAGACCCGCUCUGCCCUGCCUGCGAAGAGGAGGCUCGGAGACACUGGCUUCACUUCCCGAGAAGACGUGCCCUGGAAGCCCAGCUCCUUUCCAGCGUUCCCUCUCAUGCUGAGGGCACCUGACCGUGCCAGCCCUCCCCGUGCACGGAGCUCUGACGUGGGAUCAGCUGCCCUCCCGACCAUCCCAGCCAAGACCACCAUUCCUCGGGGUGGGGAGAUGCUAAAAGGGGAUAUCGGCUAUCCCACUCCGCUGAGAGGGCUCCCACUGCACACCGGCUGGACACAUCCUGAGCCCUUCUCAGCGAGGUCAGACUAGGCAGCCUUCUGUGAGCGCUGUGGCUGCAUCUGCAUCGCGGCGGCUGGUGGCGGUCUACCCUGCGCACACAGCUCCUGCUGGCAGCAGACACUUCAGGGAGACCGGCUGUGCAUGAACUGAAGCCCGGCACCCCGGGCCCAACAGUCACACUACAUGCACCGCCUUGGGAGUGCACAUGCUUCCUGUCCCCACCUGGGACCUUGGAGUGCGGCCACCUCUGAGCCCCCAUCGGCACCGUCCGGGGUGCAUUCAACAACACACUGGCCCUUACACAGCCCUCUCUUUCACCCGUCUCGUAUCAGUUGUUUUCUAUGAAAACAGUGGAUUGGUUGGGUUUUGUGCAAGGUCUUGGGUUAGAGCCACAAUGGAUUUGAGGAUGAGUAUUUUUUCUUUUGGUUUUGUAUAUUUUGUACAUUAAUAAUAAACAGUGGAGAGAGAAGCAGCUUAUUUAACCCCUGA